GGUUACUACCAGCCCGCGGGCCCGUUGAUCUCGCACGGCGGCAGCGGUUCCAAGUCAGCCACGCCGGAGCCGUACCCGCCGCACCCGCACCCGUACCCGUACCCUGCCUACGACUACCCCGGGUACUACAGGGGCUACCGCCGCCCAUGGGCCUCCACCUCCCAGAUGAUGGACUACCUGGACUACCCACCCCCGCACCCCAGCUACUACCCCUAUCCAACGCCACCACCGCCUCCGCCGCCUCCUCCGCCUCCACCGCCAUGCUACUCGUCCCCGGUCAGGGGACUACCUUACAUGGAGCAAGCCUUCCAGACUUGCCCAUGCCCCAUGCAAUCGUCGUGUCCAAAAAACGUCCAUACUGGACCUCUUACUGGUGCCAGUAAGAGGUCUGAGGCUGAGAAUCAAAAUGAAGUGGCACCGUUACUCCCUGUUGCUCUGGCACUACCACCAGAGCCCACGGGGGCCUCACCUGGGCCCCCAAGUCCCGCCCGAGGAUCAGCAGGAAUGCCUCCUCCAGCAUCACCCGCGCUUUCUACUGCCCGCAAUAACAGUUGGUCCCCACCAGCUCAGGGUCUGUUGAAGCCUGUAACUCCGCCCCCAACGCUGACUGUUGUUGAGCCCCCAGCUCCACCAGCAGCUCCUGUUGUUGUACCCCCUGCAACUAUGAAGAGGAAAGCUAAUAAAAGAACCUCAACUGAGGCACUAGAAGUGCCAAAAAAGAAAAAGAAAACCGAAGAUACUGGUGUUGUAAGGAAGUGUUUUCCUGCCAUGAGGCACAGGGAAGGAGAUGUAGUUCGACCUACGGACUGCAUUCUACUCCGUUCUGGACACAGAAAAAAUCUGCCAUUUGUAGCAAAAGUAUCUGCCAUGUGGGAGAACCCUGAUGAUGCACCAUUGGAUGCUUCUAACAUUGAGCUAUAUCAUCAUUAUACAACUCCACUGCUCCAGCGGUGUAGAGUCCACAGAAAUCUCCUCCGUGUGUACUUCCGCAGCAGUAUACUGUCCUCAGUGCCAACUCAAUACGUUCUGCUCCAGAAAUAUAUGGAUGUUACUAAGAUCUUAUUCAUCAAAAAUUAA